AUGCUUGUAGGACGCAAUCGAAUAACUCUCACAUAUGCCGUUCUGGGCACUAUAUGGCUGUUUCUAUUCCAGCUUUGUAGACGAUAUACUUACACCGAUCCCUCAUCUUUUUUCUAUGAUCCCCGCCGGGCAUACGAAACGCGAUAUACCGAUCAUCGAGAAAGAGAGGCAGAUAGUCUCAUCGACAUUGCUAACCAUGCUGAAGAGCCGCUCAACAUUAGCUCCAUAUACCGCGAUGUCAACCCACAGGGCCGAGGGAACCGAUUAUGCGUCGGAAUACCCAGCGUUACUCGGGCAAAGCAGCAUUUCUUGCCAAGAACACUUGGAUCUCUGUUAGAAGGCCUCGAUGCUAGCCAGAGAAGGUCUCUGCAUGUUAUCGUCCUACUCGCAGACGAUGAACCGACAAAACAUACAGCCUUUGGUCAAACGUGGCUCGAACGAUUGACCGACGAGGUCCUUGUCUACAACGUUACUUCUCCUUCAACUUUACCGACUAAAUACCGCAAGACAGAACCGAUCUCAUCGAAACAAGACAAGACCACGGUACGAAACGACCGAAUACACCGCGACUACGCAAGCCUGAUCGCAAACUGCCGUAGAACAGAGGCAGACUACUUUGUCCUAGUUGAAGAUGAUGUCAUUGCCGCUCGAGACUGGCUUGACAAGCUAUCGAGGGGUCUAGAACAUCUCGAACGAAGUGGAGACUCUGCGAAUUGGUUAUAUCUUCGAUUAUUCUACUCUGAAACAUACCUUGGCUGGAACUCCGAGGAGUGGCCGAUAUACCUUUUUCGGUCGCUGGUCUUCUACAGUAUGGUCUUGGUUAUCUAUUUUGUUAUCGUCGCAGCAGACCUACGUCGAUGGUCGAAGUUUCAUCUCAAUACCCACAGGUAUAACCUUGGACACAUAACAUUCUGGACGGCUUCAUUCGUUAUUCUCUACUUCCUGGCUGGGAGACUAAUGGUGGACCCUUACAUAGAAGGCAUUCGCGAAAUGCAGAACUAUGGCUGCUGCGCACAAGGCCUUGUCAUACCGACUCAGCAUCUACCUGCCUUGGAAGAGAGUCUUUAUACAGCGUCGGAGGAUAUCGCUGGCGACUCUCUCAUCGAGGAGUUUGCUGAUAAGCACGACUUGAAGAAGUAUGCCAUUGUGCCGAGUGUUUUGCAGCAUGUUGGGAUCAAAGGGUCUUCAGAUGACACUGCGAGUAAAAAAGGCACAUGGAACUUUAGUUUUGAGAGGACCAAUUCCUGA